CAAGCUCCAACAGUUGCACUUAUCCAUUCGAGAAAAACAAAAAAAAACAAAAAAAACCAAAAAACCAAAAAAACCACAACAAAACCAGCACAACGGUUUGCUAUUUUGGCAUAGCUUUCUGGUAAGCCAACUUCUUCUCAUGUACCUUGUAGCUUCAAUGCCUGCUCUCCCUAUCAGACGAAACCAGACGGCGUUAUCUGCUGCAGCGGGCACAGCAUGUCCUGUGGGAGGGAGAGAGGCCAGUGACUGGCUGUUGUGCACGGGGACAGCCUCUGAUGCUGACCUUGCAGGCCGGCGUCUGCCCAGCGAGGGCAGCAUCUUCAGCAUCUUCUGAACGCCCGCCCUUGAGCAGGGCUGGCCGUGCUCAGAGCUGCUGGCUCUGCAGAGGAACUCAGUGCUGGCACUGCGAGGUCCCGGCCAGAGCUCUGGAGCCCGCACUCAGCCCAGCGUGUGCAUUUGGCCCCUCAGCAUUUCUCCAUCCCGGCUUGCUGGCCAGAUCUGACAAGUGUCUUUACAGGGAGGACAGGGGAAAGGUCUGGUUUAUUUGCCUCCUGCCAGGGACCUCUGCCUGCUUACCCAGUGUCACCGAGCUCUGCCGGCAGCUGCUGCCUGUCUCGCCUGCACGCGAUCCCCAGCUCGCUGUUCCUCACCCUGCCAAGCUUUGCUCUCUGUGUACACCACCUGUGGAUGCUGUCUUCUGUGCUCACUAUGAGCCUUUAGGGGCCAGUGGAGAGCUUGCUCUACAUGCUGCCCAUUGUGGGUACCACAAUCCGUUCCCUCUUUCUCUCCCCCUCAGUCGUUGGCUGGAUACAUUUUAGUUUGUCAUACACCAUCUCUACCUCCAAGUACCUCUUCAAACUCACGCUUGGAUCCCUCACACUUCUCAGCAGCCUCCUGCAGGUAAGAAGUUACCAUUUCCCAACCAAUCCCACUCCUCAGAUGCCCACUCCGCUGCUGGGUGGGGGUGAGGGUGUCCAGCUGCCACGUCUCAGGCUCUUGCUGCCUGCAUGGCACAGUGGGCUAUGCCUGGCGUUGGCUGAGCAGACCCUUGGGGAGCCGUGCAGCAGGAGCACAUCUGCCCUGGGUGAGCCACAAUGGCUCAGCAGCAGCUGCAAUGGGUGAGGUGCGGGCAUGCGCCCUUGCAAAUGUGCUGGGGCUCUCCACUUGUCUGAGCAUCUCUGCUUCCCUUUCAGUUCGACACUCACAAGGACCCCACAUGUGCUGAGCACCGAAGAAAUGGCAGCCGGGUGCGGAGCAGAGCCGUGCGGGGAGCUGCCCUCUGCCAGCCUGCGGGGCAGCGCAGGGAUCUCCCCACUGCCUUCACAGCAGCGAUCACUUUAGAAGGAAACCAUCCCCACUGCAGCAGUGCACAUGUGCCCUGGAUGUAUCCUGCCAAAAAAGGAGCACGAGAUGCCGCGGGCUCUCGGCAGUACCCUGCAGCAUGGAGGAUGCCCAUGCAGAACCUACUGGAGAAGGGCACAGAGAGGAACUGGAUUUACCUGUAGCCUGCCACACUCCGUCCAUGAUUUGCAUGUGCUCGUGUUGAUUCGUGUCACAAGGAGUCUUCAUUUCAGCGGGUUUGCAAAAUAUCAGCAUCUGCUCGGAGAGAGGCAGGGCAAGGAUUCGGCUCACUACUGCUAAAUGGGCGAACUCCUGGGUGAAAGCCCGUGUUCUCAUCACCAACAUCUCCAUCCCUCACUGCGAGCCGCCCAUUCCAGGUCCAGGCAGGAACUGAGCUGUCCAAGGAGAACAGAGAACUCGUGCUUCCUAUAGGGGGGAAGACACUGCGGCACCGAAGCGCCCGGUGCAGAAGCGUUCCCCCCGCGGCCAGCCCGGCUCCGCGUGGUACACGUGGCUGUUCUGAGGGACACGCAAGACACAGGGACGGGCUGUCACUGCCAUGCCAAGGGGAACAGAAGCCAAAGGGAAGAAUUGAAAAGCCUGUUUGGCUGAGGCAGCACAUCACUGUGCCACGCGGGCCACCACGCAGACAGCCCAGGAGAUAUCAGCAGAUUAUUUACAGUGGUCAUUACCUGCAGCUUCCAGCACCUUCUGGCUGUCCAAACUCCUGAAGGAAAUUAGGGAGAUUAAUUCUUUCUUCACUGAAAAGAUUAAUAACUCUUAUUAAUCGAGGGUAAGAAAAACAAGAUUUCAGGGCAGUACUGAAAAAAUAAACUACAGACCCUACGGAGGAGCAAAAAAUAAUGAUAAGGGACCGUGAGUGCUUGGGAAUGAGACGAGUACAGAAGUGGGCCAAGGUCACAAGAAAACACUGGGGAGCAGGCAGUGGGCAGCGAGCUGAUAAGGAGCCUGCAGUCUGAUACGGAGGGAAGAGUUGCACCUGUCCCCAGCAGCUGCAAUGCGUGAAACAGGACUGGGAGGUGAAUAUCAUCAGGAAGAGGUUUGUAUGAUAAAUUCCUGCAAAAUAAAUAACUAUUGCUCCUCUGGGCAUUUAGCCAAGCACAACACACUUGCCUGGACACUGGCUCAGGAGUCUUGGUUAAAGCAAUAUGUGUUUAACAAGUCCUUGGGCAUCCAGGAGCAGAUGAGAGCAGCUCAGGAACACCAGCCCCUGCAGACAGGUUGCAGCACGGGCUGGGCUGUGCCACCAGGGGCUCACAGGGACAGGGACAGUUUGUGCUGCAACACUGCUACUGACUGUGGCCAACAGCUUCUUGGAAGACAAGAAGGGGAGAGCCUUGACUUUUUCAGCCAGCUAUGGGCUACGUGGAGAAACAAAACUAGGAAGCAGAAAGGGAAAGCAUGUGACGGAAGGGUAAUUUCUGCACAUGUGUAAAUCAAAGCAAUUAAAAGCAGCUGGAAACAAGUGCUAACAUCAUUUCCAGCUUUAGAAUAGAGUUGGUUGGAAGGUCCCUUUUUCUCCUAAACCUAAUUUUAUUCUUUUUGUAGAGAGAAAGUUGUAGCAAAACACCAAGAGAUCAUGGGCCAUUACAGCUUUUUAAAGCAGAAGGUCAAUCUAGCUUCAAAUUUGCUGCUCCAUUCCCUGAGAUACUUCUUCCUCUUACUUCUCUCCUCUUUAAGAGAAGCCAGUGACUGCCUGUUGUGCACAGGGACAGCUUCUGACGCUGACCUUGGCUGGCUGGCACCUGCCCAACGAGGGCAGCAUCUUCAGCAUUUUCUGAAUGCCUGACCUUGAGCAGCAUCCCUCUCAAAGGAUCUGUCAGCUCCAUGUCGGAGCCCCGAGGAUGGCUGUGUGAUGGAGCAAAAGUGUGGUUUGAAAAUGUCUUUGGUGCUGCCCUGUUGUAUGAGCCACGUUUGCUGAGGUAACCUCAGAAGUGCCAAGGGGAACGGUGCAUGAAUGUGGGAGCCAGGUGCUCGCCUCCAGAGUGGAGGAGUGCUGUUAGUGGGAAGGGAGAAGCUAUUGGUGAGAGGAGCAGAGAGCAACUGCUUCAGUGAGAUAAAGGCAGAGAGGGAACAAAUACUGCAGGAGCUUCACAGUGCUGUCAUGCUGCAGCGCUGCCCUGUGCCUGCAGCUACUGCUGUGGGCAGAGCUGUGCAUCACAAAUGUGCCCGUGGGCUCAAAGCAUUGAGGCUGGGGUGCUGGGAAAUGCAGCUCCACUCCCUGUGACGCUUCUUCUUCUUUCCCAUCUCCAAGAGAAACCCUGAAACAGAGAAAUCCCCUUGUCCUUAUUGGGGACUUCAACUUGCCAGGUGUUAGAACACUGCACAGCUGAUACAGGCAGGUCCAGGAGAUUCCUAAAACAUUUUGAUGACAAAUUCCUGGUGCGGGUACUAUGGGAGCUGACAAGGAAACCUGCCCUCCUAGACCUGCUGCUUGUGAACGGAGAAGGUCUAGUGGAUGAAGUGGUGAUCAGUGGCCUUCUUGGCCAUAGUGACCAUGAAGAAUUUAAAAUCUUUGGAAAACUGCCACCAAAACCUCAACAGAGAGAGCAGAUUUCAAUCUUCUCAGGCAACUAAUUAGUAAAGUUCUCUAAGAAACUGUUUUUGAAGGCAUUGGGGUCCAUCAGUGAUGGUCACUUUUUAAGUACCACCUCCUCAGAGCACAGACAAUUCCAAAACGUUGGAAGUCAAGCAAGAGGGGUAGAAGGCCGGCUUGGCUGAACAGGGAUCUUCUUCUGGAGCUUAGGCAGAAAGUAUAUGGCCACUGGAAGCAAGGACAGGUGUCAGGAGAAGACUAUGGGGAUGCUGUUCACCUGUUUGGGGAGAAAAUUUGUGUGGCCAAAGCUCAGUUAGAGUUGAAGCUGGCCAUUACUGUGGGGGACAAAAAAAAGGUUUUUUUUUUACAAAACAUUAACAACAAAAGGAGGAGCAGAGAGAACACUGUUUCUGUACUUGAUGAGAAUAGUUGUCUUACAAACAGGGACAUAGACAAAGCAAAGAUGUUUAAUGUUUUCUUUGCCUCUGUCUUCAACACUGAUGAUGGGCUCUGGCACCCCAGGUGUGCUGAGUUAGAGGACUAUCUGUGGUAAUGAUCAAAUCCCAGAUAACCUCAAUUUUGUGCAGGAUUUGCUGCUCCAUCUGGAUGUAUAUAAGCCCGUGGGAUUCAUCCCAGGGUCAGAGAGGUUCAGAGAGCUGGCUGGUGUCAUUGCAACUCUCUCUCUGUUAUUUUUCAAUGGUCUUUGGAAUCUAGAGAAGUCUCAGGUGACGGGAAGCUGCCAAACAUUCCAAUUUUGAAGAAGGGAAAGAAAGAAGACCCUGUUAGUUACAGGCCUGUCAGUCUCACUUCAGUGCCUGGUAAAAUUAUGGACAAAAUUCUGCUUGGAGUUACUGAACACCUGAAGGACAAUGUGGUCAUUGGUCACAGCCAACGUGGGUUCCUAAGGGAAAGGUCCUCUUUAACUAACUUAAUUUCCUUGUCUGAUAAGGCAACCAUCUACAUGACCAAAGGAAGCCACCAGAUGUUACCUGUUUGGAUUUCAGUAAAGCUUUUGAUACUGUUUCUCACAGAAACCUUCUGGACCAGCUGUCCAGCAUACAGCUAGAUGAAAACAUCAGGGUCCCUUCCAACUCUGGAUAUUCCACAUACGAUAUCUGUAUGAUUCCAUCCUCUGUGCAUGUCCUGUUCUUCUCCUCGUUCUCAUAUCUGUUCCAGGGCCUUUCAGCAUGGCUGUAGGAGCAGAGGAGGAGCAGCUCAGCCCCAGGCAUUGCCACCUGUCAGCAUCAGACCACCAGAGCUGGGUACAGCCAGAAAUGCAGAGAGAACAGAGAGAAGCAGCUCUUACAACAGUACAAAUAAGGUGCUUCCAUCCUCCUCUCUCUCCUGCUCCUGAAAUGACAGUUUCCUCCUUCCAGGAGGAACAAAAGUCUAAUUCAAAUAUGAAGGGAAGCUGAGAACCUGGGCAGUGCUAGAGUAGGAAGAAAGUGGACGUGAGGCCGUGCUUUAAGGAUGGAGGACCCCCAGACGUUAUCUCAAUAAAUUUCUACAAGAGGACGGGCAGAAAGGAAAGGGAAACCAGGUACAGACAGAAGCCGAGGGCUGCGCUUCUCAGCCGCCGCUCUUCCCGUUCAAGGAGGGCUGCCUACUGGCUGCGCCGCGCUCCCCCGGGGGGAACCUCCGAUGGGGAACGUGCAACCCCCGGGGAACGUGCAACCCCCGCAGCGCGCAGGGGAAGGGAGCUGCGAGCACAAGCAGGACAGCGCGCUCGGACAGAGCUGCAAGGCCGACGGGGCACCACGCCCUUGGCGGAAGCGUCAGCAGUUUCUAGUCCCCGCCCAGCCAGCUCGGCACCGCUCCCCUACCUUUGGCCUGGCCUUCGCCCUGUUGCCUCGUGCGUUUUGCAGAAGCUAUGGCAGAGCCGCAGGUGCUGAAGGGGCUACAGGAAGAGCUGACCUGCUCCGUCUGCCUGGACAUUUACAGGAACCCUGUGUCCCUCAGCUGCGGGCACAGCUUCUGCGAGGAGUGCAUCCAGGGGGUGCUCCGCAGCCAGCAUUGCCCGCGGGACCUCUUCAGAUGCCCGCUGUGCAGCGCCCAGGAAGCCCCUCCUGCGAAGCUGCAGCCCAACAUCCAGCUCCGCAGCGUAGUGCAGAAGUUUUUGGACACCAGUGAGCAAAGUGUCGCUCUUGAACUAAAACGUGAAGCGGAAUGUGAAGAGAAGGGAGAAAGUUCAGGCCCACGCGAUGAGGAGAUCCUGUGCGAUUUCUGCCUUGAGAAGCCUCAGCCGGCAGUGAAGACGUGCAUGAACUGCGAGACCUCCCUGUGCCAGGCCCACCUGGGCAGGCACAGCGCAAAGGCUUUCCUGACAAGCCACGUCCUGGUGGAGCCCUGUGACGCUCGUGUUUUGGCAGAAAGGAGAUGCUCCCAGCACGGCAAGCUGCUGGAGUGCUACUGUGUGACAGACUUGGUCUGCGUCUGCUUGCUGUGCUGUGCCACCAGCUCCCACAGGAGCCACAAAAUCAUCAGUGUGGAAGAGGCUUUUGGCCAUGGACAGAAUGAUUUUCCUAAAACUCUGCAAACACUGAAAAAUCAUGAAGCUGCAGUGAGUGAAAGCUUGAAAAAUCUGCUGACGCAACAGGAAAAGAUAAAGGCAUUGGAAAGAUUUCACAGGAAUCAUCUGGAGAACUUCUUCAACAUGAUUCGUGAGCAGCUGGAUAGAAGAAAAGUGGAGAUCCUGGGAGCCAUCAGUGACAUUGAGAAGGAACAGCUUUCUCAGAUUCAGUCACAGAUAAAGGAACAUGAAGAGAUGAAGGAUGCGGCCAGCCGCGAUGUGCGGGAGUUGGAGGCUCUGAGAGAUCAGAAGGAUCCAGUGCUUUUCAUUAAGGGGUUGGCAGCGAUACAAGCCAGGAAAACGGAACAAGUUCCUAAUGAAGAUGGUGUAGAACUUGCAGAGCUGCUCACUGUUAUGGAUCAAUCAAUAAGAGAGACCGUUCAAGAGCUUUUCCAGCCUUUUGUCCAGUUUAUCCUGGCCAAGCAGCCCUCAAUGGAAUCAUCUCCAGCUCACCAACACCUGACUUUUGAAUCAUGUGAAGCAAGUGGACUCCAUGUAGAUGACAAGGUGCUCAGAGUAGUCGAGCUACCUUACCCGUUUUCCGUGCCACACGAAAUGCAGUUCUGGGUGUACAGCACCAAGGGCUUCUGGAAUGGCUGGCACUUCUGGGAGGUGAUCACCCGCGACUCGUCGUACUGGAAAGUGGGUGUCUCGGACCGUACCAAUUUCCUGUGCUACCUGGAAAUGUCUUGGUGUCAUCUCAGGGUGUUCCUAGAUAAAAGACAGAUUAAACAACGAUCUCUUAAUACAGCCAUCAGAAUGGUCAGGGUAGAGCUAGACUGCAAAAGACAGACAGUGUCAUUUCUUGAUGUGUCUGGCAAGGAUUGGGGCUCUUCUAGGAGCUAUACACCUAUAGCUACAGUAAACAUCCCUGCAAGCUAUCCAGUCUAUGCUGCUUUCAGCAUUUCUCAUGGCUCCCUUUCACUCCCAUAGUGACGUAGGGGCAAGGCUGCCUUGCCUUUCUGUGCUUUGGUUCUCUACAUUUCGGGGCUGUAGCCGCACAGACUCUGCUACCCUGGCACGGUAUGAACUGGGCUUCAGGCUGGGCCUGCUCCUGAGCUAUAACGAGGUUCUGGUCUUUAGCAGCAAUGGGCUGAGUUGAAAGAAUGAGAAAGUGGGGCUCUACCAUUAAAUAUAUCUUGUCAGGUUUUUAGUAUUUUUGUUUUAGUACUGUACUUUUGCUUAACUGUAUAGAUUGCUGUAUUGGAUGGAUAUUAUUAAAGUAAUUUUGUUCGCAAAA